AUGGAAAAGAGGAAGCCUUUUGAAUGCUCAGAGUGUGAAAAGAGAUUCAGGGAUAGUAGCAGUCUUCAAAAACAUCUAAGAAUCCAUACAGGGGAGAAGCCUUUUGAAUGUUCAGAGUGUGGCAAGAGAUUCAAUCAGAGUGGCCAGCUUCAAAGUCAUCUCAGAACCCACACAGGGGAUAAGCCUUUUGAAUGCUCAGAAUGUGGGAAGCGAUUCAGUCACAGUGGCCAGCUUAAAAGUCAUCUCAGAACCCACACAGGGGAGAAGCCUUUUGAAUGCUCACAGUGUGAGAAGAGAUUCAGGGAUAGUAGCAGUCUUCAAAAACAUCUAAGAAUCCAUACUGGGGAAAAGCCUUUUGAAUGCACAGAGUGUGGAAAGACAUUCAGUCAGAGUGCCAGUCUUCAAAGUCAUCUCAGAACCCACACAGGGGAGAAGCCUUUUGAAUGCUCAGAAUGUGGGAAGAGAUUCAGUCGGAGUGGCCAUCUUCAAAGUCAUCGAAGAACCCACACAGGGGAGAAGCCUUUUGAAUGCUCAGAGUGUGGAAAGAGAUUCAGUCAGAGUGACUGCCUUCAACAGCAUCAAAGAACCCACACAGGGGAGAAGCCUUUUGAAUGUUCAGAUUGUGGAAAGAGAUUCAGUCACAGUGGCCAUCUUCAAAGUCAUCUCAGAACCCACACAGGGGAGAAGCCUUUUGAAUGCUCAAAGUGUGGGAAGAGAUUCAGUCACAGUGGCCAUCUACAAAACCAUUUCAGAGCUCACACAGGGGAGAAGCCUUUUGAAUGCUCAGAGUGUAGGAAGAAAUUCAGUUACAGUGGGACUCUUCAAAGUCAUCUCAGAACCCACACAGGGGAGAAGCAUUUUGAAUGCUCAGAAUGUGGGAAGAGAUUCAGUCAUAGUAACAGUCUUCAACAGCAUCAAAGAACCCACACAGAGGAGAAGCAUUUUGAAUGCUCAGAAUGUGGGAAGAGAUUCAGUCACAGUGGCCAUCUUCAACAGCAUCAAAGAACCCACACAGGGGAGAAGCCUUUUGAAUGCUCAGAAUGUGGGAAGAGAUUUAGUCACAGUGGCCAUCUUCAAAGUCAUCUGAGAACCCACACAGGGGAGAAGCCUUUUGAAUGCUCAGAGUGUGGAAAGAGAUUCAGUCAGAGUGGCCAUCUUCGAAGUCAUCUCAGAAUCCACACAGGGGAGAAGCCUUUUGAAUGCUCAGAGUGUGGGAAGAGAUUCAGUCAGAGAGCCAAUCUUCAACUGCAUCAAAGAAUCCACACAGGGGAGAAGCCGGUUGAGUGCUCAGAGUGUGGGAAGAGAUUCAGUCACAGUGGCCAUCUUCAAAGCCAUCUCAGAAUCCAUACAGGAGAGAAGCCUUUUGAAUGCUCAGAGUGUAGGAGGAGAUUCAGUCAUAGUAGCAGUCUUCAAAAGCAUCAAAGAACCCACACAGAGGAGAAGUUUAUUUAA